AUGUUGCACGAGAAUGGGAUACCAAUUGGAUCGUCGAUUAAGGGAGUUGAGCAAGCGAUCAAGACGCAAAAAGAGAUCGAGAACAACGAUCCAAGUGAACAAAUAGCGAAAGCGGUGUUCGAGAAAUUUCGACAGCAAAUCUUGCCAGGCCUUGUCGCAAAUAUAAUUUCAGGAAGGAAUCCAUUCCGAAUGCCAAAUACAGGCGGUGGAAUGAGUGGAAUGAGACAAAUGCAACAAAUGCCCGAAGAGAUUCGACAAAAGCUCAUUGCACAACAACGAAGCCAAGCAGAAGAGUCGACUGUUGAGCUGAACAAUGAAAACGAGAUUCGAAGAAGUCCGAGAAGAAAUGAUGAAGAUGAGCACGAUUUGGAAGAUUUAGAGACAAGGCUCCGAAGCAGUCCACGUUUGGCGAUACUUUUGAAGAAUCCAUCAAUCCAUUCGCUUCUCUCAAAUCGCCGACUUCACGAUGAGCCACUUGGUCGAUCACUGUCGGAUCGAUUCGUCAAAAAUACGAAUCUUUUGGAAGACUUUGGGACGAGAUCAGCGUUAGCAUUGGGAAUCAAUGAAAUGAUGGCUGAAGAUGAGGAGGAAAGCUCGGAAAAUCAAAUUAGACGAUCGCCGUUGAAAUUGCAUCCGGAAUUCGUGGCGAGUCUCUCUGGGAAUCCAGAAAUUGCGGAAGCGCUUGCAAGACUAAACUACAAAGUGGAUGAAGUGGAUGGGUUGUUGAUACCGAAAAGACGUCUAAUCAAUCCACAUCCACAGCCGGGAUUCCUUGUGCCAAGAAAGAUACCAACAAAACCAAGAAAAAUGAUUCCAAUCUUGGUGGGAGUGCCGGAUAUCGACAAUGCGAUUUCAACAGAAUGGGGAACGAUUCGGAGAGCGCCAAGUGAAAUGGAUGUAAAGCCAAUGAAAGAGUACAAAUCACGAGUGAUUGCGAAUCUCAAAAAUAACCCCAAUAGGAAGAGAAAUUCUCUCUCCAGAGCAAAAGGGUCUCUUUCUUCGCAUUCUCGACAAAUCCAUCCACGAAUGCUUGGAGCGAACACAUUGAAUUUAUCAAAUAUUGAUAAACAAGUUGUACAGACGAUGGAAGAGCGCCCGAUUCCGCCACUUUUUUGGAUUCCAAAGGGGAAACACACAAGAAUUCGAUGGACGGGCGCGCAAGAAAAAGAGAUUCCCGGAUUGGGGACAAGGCUAAUUUUCCCGUCAUUGGACCCAACUGCUCCAGCGCUUAACACCGCCAUGUCGACUCAGGGAAGGGCACGUGACGAGUGGGAUACGAUGUUCAAAAUACCGAACAAUUGGAAUCCGGGCGACGAGGUUGGCUUCAAUGUGAAGCAGAAAAGCGAGAGAUUCAUCGGCGGCACCGGGAAUUUCGAUAUGCCAGCCUCACACCUG